AGUGAUAAUAGUGUAGGUAUAAUAACUAUAACACUGCGAAUGUUUUAAACAUGGGAAAGUUUGAAUUUUUCGAAAAUGAAUUUUAAGUUUUUAAAUCAUAAAAAAAACAUUAUAUUGUUUUUAAUUCUUAGUUUAGUAAUAUAUGUCAAAGCUUAUUCCUUAGGUGUAACAAACAAUUUAAGGCAUUGCCAAAAUGAAGAAUCAAACAAAUUUAGUACUGGACAUCUGUAUAUAUCAACUCUGGAUGGAAAGAUAACUGCUUUAGAUUUAUCAACUGGAAAGCGCGAUUGGGUAGCAGAAACUGCUCCAGGACCUUUACUUUCUUCUAGUAUACAUAGUCUUGAAUUAAUUAACAAUGACCAAUUAAUACGGUGGAUACCAUCUUUAAGAGGAAGUAUUUAUGAAUUUGAUGGCGAAUACAUAAGCAAAACAUCAGUUACUGCAGAUGAUUUACUAGAUUCUUCUUUCAAAUUUUCUGACAAUCUAGAAAUAAUUGGCGGAAAAGAAAUAAGAUCUUAUGGAAUAUCAACAAGAACAGGGCAAAUUUUAUAUGAAUGUUCUAUAAAAGGUUGUUUAAACAAUACUGAAGAUAUUAGAAGCAAUUUGAAUGGAGAUUCCAACAAUUAUAUAGAUGCUGAAUGGAACGAAGUUAUUGUGGUUAGACGUCAAACAAAAACUAUACGUGCGAUAGAAACUAGAAAUGGUUUAGAACGUUGGAAUUUCAGCGUGGGUUAUCAUGAACUUGAAUUAUUAAAAUCUUUUGAUUGCCAUAAUUCAAAACAUAAAUUAUUUACGGAAAACCAUGGUUUAUAUAUCCAAAUCAAAAUAAUAGAUGGUAUUACAAUAGUAUACGGUUUUCAUAAGGACCAGCCAAAUGUUUCUCUUUGGGAAUAUAAAUUCGAUCUUCCUAUAGCAAAUAUGUGGAAAACGGAUAUGGAUGGCAAUUUAGAAAGCAUCGAUCCAUUUGAUUUGUCGCAAAAUGUUUGGAAUACUUUUGAUAAAAACAAUGAUUUGGUUCCCCAUUCCAUAUAUUUGGGAAUUUACAACAAACAACUUUAUGUUCUCGAACCAAACUAUUUUCAAAUUCUAUUUGAGCGUAACGAGCUUGUUAGCUCUAAAUCAUUGAAAAACGAUAUAUCUUUUAAAUUGAUGCCAAUUACUAAUAAUUUGAUACAACUGAUAUCCAACAAAAAAGAAAAUAAUUUGCAGGAAUAUGCUGUGAAAAAUUCACAAGGUUGUGGGAUAGAAAACACUUUCGGAAACACUUCGGCAACUGCCUUAUCUAUUUUUAAACCAAAAUUUGUCAAUAAUUUAUUUAGUGCUCAUUUUAUAAACGGAUGUGAUCCAAACAAUGGAGGAAAAGGGAAUUUAAGUGAAAACUCAAGCGAUUUUCCUUUUGUUGUGGAUGUUGACAACACUCCUGUUGAAAUAAUUAUUAUUUCCCUUUGGUUUUGGUGGAAAGAAAUUAUUGUUAUUUCCUUGGCUACAGCUCUUAUAGUGAACCUAUUUUUACCAAAAAUAAAUAGAGGCAGAGAUAUUUUGAUCAUCGAAAGAUGUGUAUCAGUUCCAAUGGAAAUUCAAACUAUGCAAAGAUCUAUUACUGAAAAUGAAAGCGAAAAAAGUAGAGAUUCUCUUAGAAGUACCUCAGAAAAUAAUUUUGUUUCGCGUUUUAAAUUAGAUUUUGAUAUAAUUAGUUGCAUUGGUAAAGGAGGUUUUGGAGUAGUUUUUGAAGCAAAAAAUAAAUUGGAUGAUUGCAACUACGCUGUUAAAAAAAUUUUAUUGCCCGAUAAAGCAGAAAAAAGAAAUCGAGUUUUAAGAGAAGUUAGGACGUUAGCUAAUUGUGAACAUCAUAACAUUGUAAGGUAUUUUCAGGCAUGGGUAGAAGAAACACCAGCAGAUUGGGAGGAAGAUAAUUUUAAAAACUUUCAACUGGAUUCAAUAGGAAGUGACGAAUCAUUCCAUCAUAAAAAAAUGCAUUCUCAAAUGAGUAUUUUUAACAAAAACAUAUAUUCAUCGGAUUCAUCUAGAAAUAUUUCUAAAAGUAAAAGUUUAACCACCGUUGAUUCCACUGCACAUUCUGAUUUCUCCGAAGCUUAUUUAAUUGAUGAUAAAGCUGAAAACCCCACUACCUUCGAUGAUUCAUUUGAAAUUAAAUUUGAAUAUUCGAAGCAAAAUUCUAAAGACUUUGCGUCAAAAGACAAUUCCAAAUCUAUAAAACGAAAUAGUUAUAUCGAAAGUGUUUCAGAAACUUACUCUGAAUACAAUAAUUCUGGCGAAAAACAAACGCCAAGAUGUGGUUCUGGAAAUAAAAUUUACUUAUAUAUUCAAAUGCAACUGUGUCAAAAACAAAGUUUACGUGAUUGGUUACGUGAUCGCUUACCUGAAGCUCGGAUACCUCAAAUUCACUUAUUUUUUGAGCAAAUUGUUGAUGCUGUUGAUUAUGUUCAUCAAAAAGGCUUAAUACAUCGAGAUUUAAAACCAAGCAAUAUAUUUUUUUCUCAAAAUGGACAAAUUAAAAUAGGAGACUUUGGUCUUGUAACUCUUAUGCCAGAUUCAGUCGAGUCAUCUGAUUCAAAAGAAAUUGUAAACUACUCUACACCUACAGAUACUUUGUUUAAUCAUACUGAAAAUGUUGGCACCUAUCUAUAUAUGUCUCCAGAACAAAUCCAAGGGAAACCUUAUGAUUAUAAAGUUGAUAUAUAUUCACUUGGUUUUAUUUUUUUUGAAAUGCUGUAUUAUUUUAAUACAGAAAUGGAACGAAUUUUAGUUUUGAAAUCAUUGCGAGAAGAACAAUUUCCUAAAAAUUUCUCAAAUCAAUUUCCUGAAGAACAUACUUUGUUAAGGCGAAUGCUUUCAAGUAUACCCCAAAAGAGACCUAGUGCUUUAGAAAUAAAAAACACUUUGUCAAAUAUUGAAUCAUGGGCUACAGCUAAACUGAGUGGUAAUUUUGAUGUAGAAGUAAAUAUAGACUUAGAUAGAUAAGAAAUUAAAAAAUAUUUAUAGAGACUAAAAAAAAUCGGUGAUCAUAAAUUUCUAGUUUGCUUGUAUAUAAAUACUAAUAAUAUAUGUAUGUAUAUGAACUGCGAUUUAUUUAAACUUAAACUACAUUGUAUAUGUGUAUGAACGUAAAUGUUUUUAUUUUUAGGAAAUAAAAAUUGCCUUUAUAAGAUAAAUAAAUUGAACAAAAUUGUUCUUUUUUUCUUUAUUUCAACUGAAAAUUAUAUUACUAUUCUUAGUCAAGUUCUCAAAUUCAUUAACAAUUUUUUAAAUAAAAGAUGAUUUAGUCCUACACUGAA